AUGCGGCAGCUAAAGGGAAAACCCAAGAAAGAGUCCUCCAAAGACAAGAAGGAGAGAAAGCAAGCCAUGCAGGAAGCUCGUCAGCAAAUCACCACUGUAGUGCUUCCCACGCUGGCCAUCGUGGUGGUAUUAAUCGUCGUGUUUGUCUAUGUGGCGACUCGUCCAAACACAAUCGAGUAA